GUAGGGAAUGUAAUUAUCCCUAAAAGAUUCAAUCAGCAUAUUUUUGCAUGGAAUAGAAAAUACAUUCAGAAGACAAGCAUGCCUCCCAAUUUGAACUAUAAGAACGACCCCUAUGCUUUGGAAGAAAGCAAAGCCAUUGUUCAAAUAAUACCUAUGGAGUUUGCAAACACGACGCAGAAAAAUGAAGCCCACCCAACCAAACAAAUCUUCAUAUUAUCGGGCCAGAGCAAUAUGGCGGGCCGCGGCGGCGUUGACAAGCACACGAAGCAAUGGGACGGCGUCGUGCCGCCGGACUCCUCCACCGACAGUUCCAGUAUCUUCCGCCUCAGCUCGCAACUAGACUGGGAGGUGGCGCGCGAGCCUCUCCACCACGACAUUGACUCCAAGAGAACCUGCGGGGUCGGGCCGGGGAUGUCGUUCGCCAACGCGGUGAAGGAGCGCGUGGGAAUCGUGGGGCUGGUGCCCUGCGCCGUGGCCGGGACUCCGAUCAGGGAGUGGGCUCGCGGAACGUACUUGUACGAGAGUAUGGUGAAUCGGGCGAAAGCGGCGGCGAGCGGCGGGGAAAUCAGGGCGCUGCUUUGGUACCAAGGGGAGAAGGAUACGUACUCCCAGCAGGACGCGGAGACGUACAAGGAGAAUCUCGAGAGGUUUAUUCAGAACGUGCGUGAAGAUCUGAAUUUGCCGUCUCUUCCCAUUAUUCUGGUUGCAAUUGCAUCAGGCAAUGAAAAAUAUCUUGAGAAGGUGAGAGAGAUACAAAAGGGAAUUGAUAUCCCAAACGUGGUGUGUGUGGAUGCUAUGGGCUUACCUCUCCAAGAAGACAAUAUUCAUCUGACUACGGAGGCCCAGGUUCAAUUGGGCCGCAUGUUGGCCCAAUCGUAUAUUGCUCAUGUUUUGGGCUGACAGGCCCAAUAUUUCUACCCCUUCAGUUGGGCCAGGUUUUAUUUAUAUCUGGCCAUUUGUGGGCCCAACUUAAAAAACACGCAUGUUGAUAUAAUGUACUCGAACUACAAUAAUUGCUCUACUGCCCAACUACCUCCAAUAUGGACCACUUUGACUUUGUUUUUAAUUUU